UUACAUUGCUAUGAAAGUUUCUUACCCGGCGACAGUAAUUGCAAUGCUGUGCUUGUUGCUUCUCACCAAUGUAAAUUCUUUUGCGACUCGACGCACAAAGGCGUUUUCACCGUUUCCUUUGAGUGGAGCUGGGCUUACAACAGUAGGUAAAACAUUGGUCUCCCUUCCGUACCAAUCAACCAACAACGAAAACGCUAAAUGGGUUCACUCUUCCGAUGAAGCGGUCGCCGAAGCUUAUGCGGUGCCUAAGAAGAUUGUGGAGAAGCCAUCUAUAAGUCUAAACAGUGUGAAGAUGUAUUUACUUCCAACGGCACAGAAAGACGGAUCCAAAAGUGAAUACCCCCUGGUGAUUUCACCAAAGUCUGAUGCCUCUCAGGCUUUUUUGACGCAAUUUUUGGAAAGAAACCGGCAAUGGGUUGACGCAGCCUUACUUUCAUUCGGAGCAGUGCUCUUUCGAGGGUUUGACAUUGACACAGUCGAAAAAAUAGAAACAUCCAUCCGAUCUUUUGAACCAAACCUGAACAAUAGCUAUCGGGGAACGUCUCCCCGAAAUGCUCAAGAAGGUAGCAGAUAUAUUUUUUCAGCCGCAGAAGUGCCGUCAACUUAUCCUAUCGCCCAACACCUUGAAAUGUCUUUUCUCCCAUCGCCACCAAAACGGUUGUUCUUUGGCGCUUUGAAAGCUCCAAAAGUUGUUGGCGGCGAAACGAGUCUAGCUGAUUUUCGCAGAGUUUACCGUGAUAUUCCUGUGAAACUCCGGAACAAGUUAGAUGCAAAGAAGUUGCGCUACACUCGAACUCAUCAACGAACCGGAUCGCGGUUCACUUCAGACGUGGCGAGCAUGCAAUCCUGGGAAGACGUAUUUGGCACGUCUGACAAGACUGAGGUAGAGCAAAUGGCGAGGGACGAAAAUAUGCCUGUACGUUGGGAGGGUCGGAAUCACGACACGUUUGUGAGUGAGUUUGUCUCCGAACCAUUUCAGUUACACCCAGAAACUAAAGAAGCUGUUUGGUUCAAUCAUGUCCAAGUAUUUCACUGGACAUCAUUCCCAGCUGAGUUGCUUUUGGCUUUUCUGAGAACUAAAGAAUGGAGAUUUCUCGCUCGUUCAAUAGCCGUUGGACUGCAAAGCAUGCUUCUGUACGGCAUGUUAGGAAAGAAAAUGGCUUUAAACGUGACCUUUGGUGAUGGCACCCCGAUUUCACUCCUAGAAAUGCAUCAAAUUCGAAGUGCAAUUCGUCGAAAUAUGGUUUUCAACCGCUGGCAGCAAGGUGAUUUGAUCAUGAUUGACAACUUUUCCACCUCUCACGGCCGCCAACCGACGUAUGACAAAGGCCGCAAGGUCGUGGUUGCCUGGUCAGAUCCGCUCGAAAAAAGGAACGAAAUGGUUGCUGAGAAUGCAUGAAGUGAGCAUAUACGGUAUUGUACAUAAAUAGAAUAGAACAGAAUUUACAAUUU